UGUAUCUACUUAUUUCUAGCUUGACUGCCCCCUGUCUGCCGCCCACCGUAGAUGGCCACCAGCAGCAGGUUGCAACACAUUUUAGCCAAGUGAAUCGGUGAAAUUUAGCAAAUUGGACAUGCAGUGCAUACGCCGACCGUUCCCAUUCCGGUGCUAGCAGGUUACAUGUGAAGUGUGCAUAUAUUUUAAAAACAUAACCAAAAAAAAAAAAACAUCUACCGUGCGGGUUCCAAACGGUUUCGCAAAACUGUGCCAGCACGCCUAGGCACAGGCGGUGAGCGUAAGGCCUGGGCAUCAUCCCUCCCCAAUUCCCCAAAUGACAGUGAAACCGGCGGCGGUGACGGCAGUGUCUGGUACGACGACGGUUGUAAUCGGUUCCGGCAUGACGAUCCGCCCGACGGCACACUUUGCCGGCAGUGCACCGGACCGGGAGCAGCGGCGCCGCUCGAUCGUGAUACUUUCGCUACUGGCCGCGUGUGCGUUUCUGUUCGUGCUGUCACUCUGCCUGCUGACAGCGCUGGUGCUGGUUGGGCGCAACCUGUCAGCCGAUGCUGGCAGUCACUCGCAGCUGACAGUUGCGUCGGAUGAUAAGCAGCAUUUAUUUAUCAACAACAAUCACAUCGACCACGACGGCGACGACGGUGACGACGCUGGUGAAGAGGAACGGGAGCGAACGAACGAGCCACAGUACAAUCGUAGCACCAUAUUCCUGCCCAACUCGGUGUUUAACACUUCAGCAGCACCACCACCACCAGUAGCAGUAUCACCCGGCACCGGACCGACCGGUCGUAUGAAUCGUGUGUUCAAGAUGGGCACGCAGGUAGCGGAACGGCUCGGCUUCCGGUUGCCGCGCCACAUCCGGCCGGUACACUACGAGCUGUGGCUGCAGCCCGAUCUGCAGCGCGAAACGUUUAGCGGCCGGGUCGGCAUCGAGCUGAACGUGUCCGAGUCGACGAACUACAUCGUGCUGCACAGCAAGAAGCUGUCCAUCACGGAGACGGUGCUGCGGACGCUCGGCACCGGCGCGGAGGAGGUGACCAUUGCCCGUGCGUACGAGCUGCCCGAGCACGAGUACUGGGUGAUCGAAACGCAGGGUGAGAUAGGGGCCGGCGCGUACCGGCUUAGUGUGCAGUUUAACGGCAGCCUGGCCGAUCGCAUCAUCGGGUUCUACAGCAGCAAGUAUCUCGAUAAGACAACGAACCGGACGAGGACGAUUGCGACUUCCAAGUUUGAGCCCACGUUCGCCCGCCAAGCCUUCCCGUGCUUCGACGAGCCGCACCUGAAGGCCGAGUACACGAUCCACAUGGUGCAUCCGUCCGGCGAUGGGUACGCCGCACUGUCGAACAUGAACGUCAAGGAGACGGUGGCGAACAAACCGUCCGCCGGCCUGAGCACGACCACGUUCGAGCGAAGCGUCAGCAUGAGCACCUACCUCGUGGUGUUUAUCGUGAGCGAUUUCCUGCACCAGGAGGUGCUGAUAUUGCCCGAGCAUGGUUCGUCGUUUCCGCUGCGCGUGUACGCCACACCGUUCCAGCAGAAGAACACCGCGUACGCACUCGCCACUGCGCGCACCAUCAUCGAGUACUAUGUGAAGUACUUUGGCAUUGCGUACCCGCUGCCCAAGCUCGAUAUGGCCGCCAUACCGGACUUUGUGUCCGGUGCGAUGGAAACGUGGGGCCUGGUGACGUACCGCGAAACGUCCAUCCUGUACAACAGCGAGACGAGCAGCACCGCGAACAAGCAGCGGGUGGCGGGCGUCAUCGCCCACGAGCUGGCCCACAUGUGGUUCGGCAAUCUCGUCACGAUGAAGUGGUGGAACGAGCUGUGGCUGAACGAAGGGUUCGCGAGCUACAUCGAGUACAAGGGCAUGGACGCCGCUCACCCGGACUGGGGCAUCGAGGAGCAGUUCAUCAUCGACGAUCUGCACGGUGUGCUGAACCUGGACGCGACGCUCGGCUCCCAUCCGAUCGUGAUGUCGGUGGAAAACCCGAACCAAAUUACGGAAAUCUUCGACACGAUCACGUACUCGAAGGGUGCGUCGGUCAUCCGCAUGCUGGAGGACUUUGUGACGCCGCCCGUUUUCCAGCAGGGCGUCAAGCGCUACCUGGAGAAGCUGGCGUACGCGAACAGCGUGUCGGAGGAUUUGAUGCGCGAGCUGGACGAGCUGGUGCCGGACGUGAGCGUUACCGACGUGAUGGACACGUUCACCAGGCAGAAGGGUUUGCCGGUCGUGACGGUCGCCGAGAACGCGCUGCAGUACGUGCUGCGCCAGCAGCGCUUCCUCGCCGAUCAGGAUGCGAACGAAACGGAAGAGUCGCCGUACGGGUACCGUUGGUACAUACCGAUCACGUACCUGGCCAGUACGGACGAUCCGGCGACGGCGGCACCGCGCCGCAUCUGGUUCCCGAACGAUGCCAGCCGGCCGGAGCUGGUGAUCGAUAAGCCGGCGGGUAGCAGCUGGAUCAAGCUGAACUAUCGCCAGAUUGGGUACUAUCGCGUCAACUAUCCGAUCGCGAUGUGGCAACAGUUCGGCGAGGCGCUGCGCAAGGAGGUGAACACGUUCACGAUCGGCGACCGUACCGGGCUGCUGAAUGAUGCGUUUGCGCUUGCGGACGCCUCACUGCUGGCGUACAACCAUGCGCUCGAGCUGACGCGCUACCUGAGCGGAGAGACUGAGUACGUGCCGUGGUCGGCGAUCGCGAGCAAGCUGAAGAACAUUCGCAACCUGCUGUACAACUACCAGUCGUACGAUGACAUUACGACGUACACGCAAACGUUGGUCGAUGCUGCGGUAAAAUCGGUUGGCUGGGAAGUACCCGCGGAAGGCGGACACAUGACAAACUUGCUGCGUACCACCAUACUGGAUCUCGCGUGUUCCUUCGGCCAUUCUGCGUGCCUGGAGGAAGCGAGCAAGCAGUUCCGCGGCUGGCUCAACGCCGGUGCCGUCAUCCAUCCCGACCUGCGCUCGGUAGUGUACACCUACGGCAUACAGUCCGGCGUUACCGUGGCCGACUGGGACAAGGUGCUGGAACGCUUCCGCCAGGAGAACGAUGCGAACGAAAAGACGAAGCUGAUGGUGGCGCUCGCCUCCUAUCCGGACCAGCGCACCAUGCGCCGGUUCCUCGACCUGUCCUGGGAUACGGCGCUCGUGCGCACGCAGGACCAGCUCAGCUGCAUUCAGUACAUCGCGGCGAAUCGGGCCGGCGAGCAGGCGGCCUGGGAGCACGUGCGCGAAAACUGGCCCCGGCUGGUGGCCCGCUUCGGCAUCGGCGAGCGCAACCUGGGGCGCAUGAUACCCUCGGUGACGGGCCGGUUCACGACCCAGGCCCGCCUGACCGAGCUGGAAGAUUUCUUCGCCCGCUAUCCGGAGUCGGGUGCCGGUGCGACCGCCCGGCGCCAGGCGCUGGAAAACAUCCAGAACAACAUCAGCUGGCUGGAGCGCAACGAGGCGAAUGUGGCGGCCUGGCUGAAGGAGGCAACGGCACCGCAGUAACUGCAGUAUCCAGCGGUGCACUCAUCUACCCCUCAACACCAAUCCCCGCAUAAUGUUGUAUGUUCUGCCGCCUCGAUUUGGGCUCUAAGAGAUUAAAUCGCAGGUACCACUGUGUAUUAUUUGGAAUCGA